AGAACUCGCGGGAGCGGUUGUCACCGGAAGUGAGCGGUCAGCUUUCAUCUGUUCGCAGCUUCGCUUCAGCUGCGAUUAAAAGGAGAGAGACGCCAUGCCGGGAUCCCGGAGCGACAUUCCUGACUUUGAGGGUUCGGAGGAUGAAGCGUUCCCUCCCCUCCCACCACCUGGGUCCCCAGGGGGGGGAGACGGGGAGGACGAGGGGCUCUUCACAGGAGACGGAGACGUGUCCAAGAUGCCCGACGUCCCUGUAGCCAAGAGGAAGGGGGUGAAGAGGCCGCAGCCCAAGCUGGACUCUCAGAGGCUGACCUCGGAGAGAGGACUUCCAGCUCUGAGGACUCUGUUCGACGACGUCCGCUUCAGAGGGAAGGGCCACGAGGCCCAGGACCUGAAGCUCCUCAUGCAGAAGAUGGAGAACUGGGCCCACCGGCUCUACCCCAAACUGCAGUUUGAAGACUUUGUGGACAAGGUGGAGAAGCUGGGCAGCAAGAAGGAAGUUCAGACGUGUCUGAAGCGGAUCCGGCUGGACAUGCCGCUGCUGCACCAGGACUUCAUGGACCAGGAUGGGGGGGAUCCAGCACCUGCUGAGCUGCAGGAGUUCAGGGAUCCUGAUCCAGAUCCGUUCUCCACGGAGACCGACGUUGAUGCUUUCCAGAGGCUGGUCCAGUCCACCCCGGCCCCCCUGGUCCAGUCCAGUCCGGCCCCCCCCUCCCUGACCGAGGAGCAGCGCCGCCGCAUGGAGCUGAACCGGCAGCAGGCUCUGGCCCGGAGGCUGAAGCGCCAGCAGACAGGUCCAGGUUCCUCGGACUCCCAGAGCGUCCAGACGUCCCCGUCAGGACACCAGUCCACAUCUGGGUCCACAUCUGGGUCCUCAACAGUCCCCAACGAGUCCCCGAUCCAGGAUGACGAGGCUCCGCCCACAGGCCCCGAGGAGGCUCCGCCCACAGAGCUGGAGGAGACUCCGCCCACAGAGCUGGAAGCUCCGCCCACAAGCCUUGAGGAGACUCUGCCCACAGAGCUGGAAGCUCCGCCCACAAGCCUUGAGGAUACUCCGCCCACAGAGCUGGAAGCUCCGCCCACAAGCCUUGAGGAGACUCCGCCCACAGAGUUGAAGGCUCUGCCCACAGAGCCAGAGGCUCCGCUCACAGAGCUGGAGGAGCAGAACUGAAUCUGGUUCCUGGACCUGGUUCUGGUUCCUGGACUGAUUGGACCCUCAGCAGACGAUGCUGUUCAGUGGUUGCUAGGGAACCAUCCUAGAGUAUUAUGGGCUGUCAGCUGAGUCGGUGGUUCCUACUGGAUUUGUGUUUGUUUUUAAUAUAAAAUGCCAAAUAAAGAUGUUUUCAGAAGCAGCUGGUUGUUGAUGAUGAAACCUGGACCUGUCGGGAUUAAACCUGCGUCGGAGACUUUAAAACCCUGAAACGCUGCAGGAACCUUCACGGAGACGGUUCUGGUUCUUCUGGACCUGUGAGCUUCGUAACGCCACAGAACCAGCAGACGUUUAGUCCCCUGGUACAGAACAUACCGACCCAGUUAGAACCGGGAGGGGGCGGGGCCUUGGGUGAUGACAUCACAACACCUGAGACGACGACUGAAGCACAAGUUUUUAUUGUAAAACCACCAACAGCGUCCAGAGACCAUGAUGCACCUGGACGGUCCGGUCGUAGCUCCGCCCUGACGGGUCUGGUUCCGGGGGCCGGUUCCUCCGGGAACCUCCUGCUCUCGGUAUUGACGAGGAUCAGAAUCGGGAAAAACAAAAACCUAAAACCGUCUCACUAAAAUACAUC